AUGGCCUGUGGCAUCGGUGUCACAGGGUACUCUUUCGGCAUCGUUGUUGUACCUUUAAUGCUCCAGGCUCUUGAAGAAACGUAUGGAUGGAGAGGAGCAUACCUGGUCAUGGGUGGCCUUGUUCUCAAUCUGUGCGUUUGCGGGCUCAUCAUGAAACCAUCAGUUCUCGAGAAAUCACGAGGAAUGACAACCCAGUUCCUUGGACUUGGUGCAGAUGACCCAAAAAUUUUGGGAUUCUUCAACAUGGCUUCCCGGGUUCUGGUCGGAUUGGGUACCAACGACGCGGGCAGAGGAACGUCACUGGACAAAACUUGUGUUUUGUUCGGUUCGCUAAGUCUCCAGUCUAUAGCAAUACUCUGUUUCCCGUGGUAUUCCUCUACCACUGCCGGGCGGUUAUCGUUUGCAGCUAUCAUUGGGUUUUACUAUGGGGUCCAGCCAUCAGUCACCACGCCUUUGACGGUGGAUUCCGUUGGUCUCCAGUGGAUCUCUCCUGCCGUCGGUAUGAUCAUGUUUGGGAAAGGCCUCGGCAUGGUUGUAGGACCACCCUUAGCAACCAGUCUUUACAAUUUCACACGAGACUACAACGACACAUUUCUAUUUGGAGGUGUUGUGAACUGUGCUGCUGCCUUUUAUGCCUGGUGAUGACCACAUGCACUAACUAUAGCGACUCCUCGGGACAAUACAACCACAUCAGCGCCACAUGAGACGAACGCCAUGAAUAAGGAAUGCAAUACCAACGCUUCAUCAUCUGAUUCUCAUAUAUGAUGCCAUUGUCUUUGUAGCCAAAUAGGUUGAAAAUAUAGAACAAGUAUUAAGCUGAGUAAAGGCGAAGCAAGCGACCAUACAAACCGGCAAACAGACAAAUAUACCUACAAGUUAUUAUAGGAAAAGGUGACCUGUGUUUAAUAAUGUUUAACUCAAAUAUGAUUGCCCCUUUGAAUGAAUUUCAAGAUACUCAUCAACUGAAUAUUUUAAUAGUAGUAUUUUAUGCAUUUAAACUACAAAAACACCAUCAGUCAGCCCAUAUUAAUUAGUUCAGAGUAACAAAAAAAAAAACAUAUUAAGUGACUUGUUUCGACUCACAUGUUCGAAGUGGACUGAAAAUUGGACAAGUCUUUCUAAAAAGUCGCGUUCAGAUGAUACGAUUUGUUGAACUCUACAAUCGCAUGAAAAUCGUAUGUAUGAAUCUAUUUGAUCAUCGAUAAGCUGACUCGAUAAUCGCACCGUGUUAACAUUGCUAUAGACCUGUAAAAAACCGUUGCAUCUGUGCAUAACAUCAAUGUGGCUUUAUAACAUAUGGUCCAUACUCUAGGAACCAGUUCAGUCUUCUGUUCCAUAAUAGUUAUUAUGCGUAAUAUGGGACCAGUUCUGUCUGUACGCAAUUUUAUCGGUUUAUAGUAAAUUAUAUCACUGCUUGACUAACUUAAUUCUGAUCUUGAUUAUAAAAUAUUUUGAGAUAAUUCUGCAUAGUUUGUGAACACAAUGCAGCCGU